AUGAAUGGGAGACGCAUGGCUGUCCCGACUAAUCUGGCAACAUUCAUCGAAGGCGAUAAUUGGGACGAGAGCGAAAUGAAACGACGCAAAAGCACCACGCAGCAGUUUGGAGUCAUCGGCAUAAAUCUAAGGCCUAACGAGGAGGCGGACGGAGAGGGGGUCUCUGAGGGGGAGACGGGGGAGACUUCAAUGCCAGCGCCUUCGUCUGCGGCGAACUCUCCGCACGCUGCCGCCCACGAGGACCGCAUUCACCAGAGAGAAGCAGAGAAGGACCUCAGCGAACACAGACCUGCGGCUGUGUUUACCUCUGUCCACUCCGACAUCAGCUCAGUAUUCCGUCUCGCCGCUCCAUCCAUCAGGCUGAAGGACGCUCCUGUCGCUGGUGUUUGCACAGAAGUGUUUGGAGAUGAUCGUCCUUGA